AUGCCUCGAAAGCUCGUAUUUCGACAGACGUCGUCGGUCAAUAAGACACAACAGCCACUUCUAGUCGGGUCAGAAUACUCCCCAAAAUAUGCCGUAGCUAAUAUCAGCGGUAAAAGCUCUCGUUUCGCUGAGGUUGCCGGAGGAACCGCGGCGGAAUGCGCAGCGGUUUGUUGUUGUUGCCCAUGUGGUUUGGUUGAUAUUCUAUUCCUUGCCAUGUAUAGGGUACCAGCUGGGCUAUGCCGUAAGGCUCUUCGAAGGAAGAGAAGACGUUGGCUUAUAAAACGAGGGAUACUUCCUCAUCGGAGACGACGAUGUGAGUGCGGGUGCGAUGAUACAGAGCUUCAAAUCCACCCGUUUUCUGGAGAAAUCUCUGAGGAAUCUUCGUCGACGGUGACUGAUAAUGUGAUGUCUGCUCAGUCGGAUAAAGAUGUUGUUGAAUUGGAGAAGGAAAUGUGGGAGCAUUUUUAUAGUGGAGGUUUUUGGAGAAGUCUAUCUCGGAGGAGUACUUCUUCUGCUCCGGCAGAAACUGGAAAAUAA